GGCGCCCUCUGCCGGCCGGCCGUCCCGCGCGGCUGGGGGAUUUCCUGAGCGGAAGCAGUGGAGGGGGUUUCCAGCGCGAUCCGUCCACUCCGCCGCUGGACCUCCGCUCGCGAUCCCGCUGACAUCUGCCUCACACUGCGGCUCGGCGGCCUCAGCCCGCACAACCCCGAACCGAACCCGGACCAUGAGGUGCCCCGCCGAGGCUCGGCGGCUCCACGGCAGCGUCAGCCGCGCGGCGACGGUUUGAAUCCGCUCGGAGUCCUGCGAGCCCAAGAGCCGCGGCCUGCGGACGAGAUUCAUGUCAUGUCAGCGGGGAGGAGUGCUGAUGGGAGGGAGGUCCAGAUUCCCCUCCAGCAGGCGGCGCCGUCUCUCGCCCUGCCCCUCUCUGCUGCCGCUGUCGUCUCCGCCCCCUCUCCCCGCUCCUCCAAUCCUCGGCCUCCGGGCGAGCCCCCCACUCAGCAAGGUGCUCCGGCGGGUUUCCUGCCGCUGCGCGGAGGAUUCAGGGAUCACUUCGUAGAAGCUCCGGAAGCCAAGUACUGCUGUGAGGCCUGCAGGCUGGUCCUGUGUCAGCCCCGGCAGACUGAAUGUGGACAUCGCUUCUGCUACAGCUGCAUCAAUGACAUCCUCAGCUGUCCAAACCCGGUGUGUCCGGCAGACAUGGAGCCUCUGUUCAAAGACAAGAUCUUUCGAGACGUUUGCUGCCAUCGGGAGAUCAUGGCUCUGAAGGUUUACUGCCGCAGCGAGGCCAACGGCUGCCAGGAGCAGAUGAGUCUGCAGCAGAUCCCAGACCACCUGAACGUGUGUCCGUUCUUUGAGGUUCCCUGUCCGCUGGGUAAAUGUAAGGAGCGAAUGAUGAGGAAGGAGAUCCCGGAGCACUUAGCCUGGAAGUGUAAAUACAGAGAGAGCACCUGCGAGUUCUGCAAGAACAAGAUGCCUCUGACCGAGCUGCAGAAACACAAAGAGACGGUGUGUCCAGCGUUUCCGGUGUCCUGUCCGAACCACUGCACCUCCUCCUCGCUGCCCCGGAGUGAGCUCUCCAGCCACCAGCACGACUGUCCCAAAGCCCAGGUCAGCUGCCAGUUCCACCGAUACGGCUGCUCCUUCAAGGGUCUGAACCUGGACAUGAGGCAGCACGAGUCGAGCUUCGCCGCAGAGCACCUGAAGAUGAUGGCCACCAGAACGGGGCUCCUGGAGACCAAGGUGGAGGAGGUCAAAGGCGAGCUGAUGGAGAGGUACAAGGUCCUGCCGGCUCUCAGUACCCGGCUGUCGGACCUGGAGAGCCAGACGGACGAGCUUCGAGAGAGGAACCGGCAGAUGGAACAGAAGCUGGCCGCCAUGCAGAAACUGAUGAGCUCUCACACGGAGAAGCUGCUGGAGGUGGAGCUGGAGCUGCGGUCGCUGCGUCAGCUCCGAGACGAGAUGGAGAACCUGCGAGGAACGCUGGACACCGUUCGGACCCGGCUGAGCGCUCUGGAGCAGGGAGGCCGCAGUGGCAGCGGGUCUGCUCACACUCUGGCUUCCCUGGAGACGCAGCUAAACCGCCACGACGACAUGCUGAGCGUCCACGAGAUCCGGCUGGCGGACAUGGACCUGCGGUUCCAGGUGCUGGAGACGGCGAGCUACAACGGCACUCUGAUCUGGAAGAUCCGCGACUACAAGAGGCGGAAACAGGACGCGGUGGCGGGGAAGACGCUGUCGCUGUACUCGCAGCCGUUCUACACCGGCUACUUCGGCUACAAAAUGUGCGCCAGAGUUUACCUGAACGGGGACGGCAUGGGCAAGGGGACUCACCUGUCGCUGUUCUUUGUGGUGAUGCGGGGGGAGUACGACGCCCUGCUGCCCUGGCCCUUCAAGCAGAAGGUGACUCUGAUGCUCAUGGACCAGGGUCCGUCCCGGAAACACCUGGGCGACGCCUUCAAGCCCGACCCCAGCAGCAGCAGCUUCCGGCGUCCCGUGGCGGAGAUGAACAUCGCCUCCGGCUGCCCGCUCUUCGUGUCCCAAAGCGUCCUGGAGUCCGGCACCUACAUCAAAGACGACACCAUCUUCAUAAAGGUGACCGUGGACACGUCUGACCUGCCCGAGCCGUGAACGCCACGUUUGGCUGGUCUGAGAUCAGUUCGGCGGCAGAGAGCCGAGGAUGAUGGGAACCGGGACUGAUGGUCCAGCUGGGAGCACGGGAAGCGCCCAAUCAGAGCCUGCUCUGCAGAGAGCGGGACACGCCCACCUAUGAGUCUUUGGUGAACUGAAGAGCUUUGUGUUUGUGUGCACAAGAGACUGCGUGUGUGUGUGCUGUUCAGCGUUGCUAUGGUGACACUGCUGAGAGCCAACAUGGCCGCCUCAGUGAGGACGGUCCGUACUGAUGCUGUGCAUCAACUCCUACUUUCUGAUUAUCACCUUCCUGAGGCAUGCUGGGAAACGCGCCGCAGCCUGGAAGUGCAGAAGAGACCCGAUCGGGUCAGAGCGACCCGACUGGUUGUGGGUGGUGCUGGUUCGGUUGUAAGGGGGGGUCAGAACCAACAGGAAGGGCUACAGGAAUGUGUCAGAUGGGCUGCAGCGGCUCUCGGGUCGGCAGUGAUGGACCUGAACGGACUUCAAAGAACCUCACAGAAUCCAAAGAAUGAAAGGAGACUCGAUCCACCGGGACCAGAACCCGGAGGAGCCCACAGAACCCGCCCCUCCAGCUGCUCAGCAUCUUUGAUUUUUGUCUCAGUUUGCACAGUUUGAAUGUUCACUGACAAGGAAAACGCAGAGGAAGCAGAAGUUUAUCUUCCUCUGAGGUUCAGAUCAAACGUUCUGUUUUUUUUUUCCUUUCAUUUUUGCUUCGUCCUGCGUUUCUAGACCAGCAAACGGCGUCUGCAGGUUAGAUUCUGGAGCAGAAGAGCGGAUCUGAGGGAGGUUUGUGCUCGUGAGGAAUGUGAUGGAAGCAGCUUGAAGGUCUGUCAGUUGAGAUUGAAACACAGAGGAUUAUGAUGCCAUAAUGUACCUUUUAUUUAAUUCAUGACAUUUCAAACUGUUUCUAACAAAGCCAACAGUAAUUUACUCCAACAUUAAUAAAGACUAAAUGAAAAACAA